AGGAGAGUCAGCCGUCCUUCACAGUAAGAUCAAGAGAAAAGCCAUCUCAGCAUCCGGACAGCAGUUCUGUCAAUUCACUCCAAAACAUAGUGAUGUGAUCAGUCGUCUACAGUCAGUGAGGCGUAAGGAGGUGAGCUGUGACUACAGAGUGAGCUCAGGACCAAACUCUCUCUCUCCACGCAGUUAUGGGCACAGCUUUGCACAUCUGGUGGGAGUUCACAUCAGUGAUCCAACAACUAUACAGACACCUUCUAUAGCAGUGGGUUUGACUCCAGGUCCUGGGUCAUUUUUGCCGCCCAGCACGACAGUGAGUCCUACAGAAGUUUUGACUGUUACUUCUACUUUGACCACAGUGACACCAACUACCAGUUUGACCUUUCCUUUGACCCCCAGCACGGCAGUGAAUCCUACAUCAGGAGGUCAAAGCUCCACAGAAAGCGUUCUGGUUUCGACUGUUACUUCUACUUUGACCCCUGACAUCACAGUGAGACCAACUAGUUUGACCUCUCCUUUGGCCCCCAGCACAGCAGUGAAUCCUACAUCAGAUUUGACUGUUAAUCCUACUUUGACAACUGACACACCAACGAGUCCAACUGAAAAGGUGCAAUUAUGGCAGACAGCAGUGGGUAUGGCUUCUGGAGUGGGCGUGUUCUUGAUGGGAUUGACAGCUGUCUAUCUCUGCAGGAGGACCAAGAAAACCAAUUCUCUGAGACCUACAGCCAGACAGGAUGAUCACAGCCAAUGUGAUUUGGUGAUGGGAGCUAUAGCAGUGCAGGCAUGUUGGAUUCAAGGGAUGCUGGGAUCUAUUCUCUCAUCACCUCUGUAG